ACUCAGUUACGCUAACCCAUUGGAGCAAGUUGGACGUUGGUUGAGUCGAAACAAGUAAUUCGGAAUUCAAAGUUUAUUUAACAAUACCAAAGUCGUGUUUAGAUUUUAGUUAUUAUAAACUGAAGAGGUUAUAAGUGAACUAAUUUAGUAUUUUCAAAUUAUUCUGAUUGGAAUCUUAUUGUUUGCAGUUUUUACUGUAGUUUAACUAAAAAGUGCAGUGCGGCACGGCACCCAGUGUUCUGUGUGAAAAUUUGUGGCAUUUUAUGUGAUUUAUAAAAUUCGGGUUACGAACAGUGUUUUGAAACUGUUUUGUAUUUGGUAGUUUACUACGCUUGAAUACUAAGGAGCUGCGUCGCCCGACCGGUUUUUCGUAAAAAGUGAAAGAUGCUACCUCGGAAAAGGAACAGGGGUCUGCUAGCGCUGGCGUUGAUGCUGCUCGUACAGUCUUCUGAACAACAUGGCUCUGGAGCACCUCCUGGGUCAUGCUUAGACCAACUCCCUCGGCAUCCUGACAUCGAGCCCCAGACCUCCGUUCCACCCUAUGUGGUAGUGACGUCUUCGUCCCAAGUCCGACAGGGAGAUAAGCUCAGUGUCACGAUUGGCAGCCAGCCUGGUGCGCCCGUGCCUAUUGGCGGCUUCAUACUGCAAGCCAGACAAGUACAGAACCCCGACACUAUCGUGGGCAAGUUCCUGACAGUCCCCGAUCCUGAGGAUACGCAGAUCAUCAGCUGCCGCGGCGACAACGACACUGUAACGCACUCCAACCCUAAGGAUAAGCCGGCGCAGACUUUCCUGUGGCAAGCGCCCACUGACUUCCUUGGAGGAAUCGAGUUCAGAGCAACAGUAGCACAAAGCUACGCGACCUUUUGGAAGAAUGUGGAAUCACCAGUGGUGGAAGUGGUUACCCCUGAUACCGUGGUCACCACUACGACUGCGCCUGCCACCACUCAGAGACCCACCGUGGGUCCUCCUGCGGUUAUGGAGUCUAAGCCAAAAGCAGUUCCUAUCCAACUCGACACCAUCUACCAGGGUUGCGCCGACACUAAGCUCUGCUACGGCGUGCCCCAGAACUGCCUCAACGCCGGCAACUGCAAGGCCAUCGUGGCCAUCUUCGUCGCUGGCGAUAAAUACACCUUCGAGAUCCAGGGAACGGACAACCCUAAAUACGUCGCUGCUGCUCUGAGCAUGGACAACAAGAUGGGAGACGACAGUGCCAUGGAAUGCGUCAGGAACGACAACGGAAGAGUCAGUCUCUUCACAUCCUGGACUUACCCUAAAGUGGAGCCCUUCGUGCGAAGAUCUGACUCCCCUCAGGAUAUUGUUCAGCUUUUAGAGUCUUCUGUGAUCGAUGGGAAGCUUUACUGCAAGUUCACGAGAGAUGUGGAAUCUAAAGUUAUGGGACAGACGUUCAAUUUGGCUGCGACGAAGUACAACUUGAUGGUGGUUUCUGGAGAUAGUAUGAAAGACGCCGAGCGAGUAGGCUUCCACAGCCUCGCGUACGAGUCGACGGGCGAGCCGCUCGCCCUGUCCAGUGUGGGCGCGGCCGCAGGAGCCUCCAAGCUGCUGCUCAAGUUGCACGGAAGCUUCAUGAUCGCCGCCUGGCUGGGAAGCGCUUCACUGGGCAUUUUACUGGCACGGUAUUUCAGACAAACGUGGGUCGGAAAGCAACUAGGUGGAAAGGACAUUUGGUUCGCCUACCACCGAAUGCUGAUGGUGCUGACGUGGCUGCUGACCGUGACAGGCUUCAUCCUAAUCCUCGUGGAGGUCGGCGGGUGGUCCACUACAGGAGACAACCCUCAUGCAAUUACCGGCAUCGUUACGGUUGUGCUGUGCUUUAUACAGCCCAUUGGUGCUUAUUUCAGGCCACACCCUGGAACUAAGAAGAGGCCUAUCUUCAACUGGGUGCACUGGCUGUUUGGCAACGCCGCGCACAUUUUAGGCAUCGCAACAAUCUUCCUGGCGGUCUACCUUCAGAAGGCGGAGCUGCCUCCGUGGAGCGUGUUCGUACUGGCGGCCUUCGUUGCUUUCCACGUCAUCAUGCAUGUCGUUCUUUCCCUAACUGUGUGCGUGUCAGAGGGCAAGAUCAGCCGCAGUCCCGUUAACGUGUUCCCUAUGAAGGACAUGAUGGGACAGCAGCGGCAGGCCUCGCAGGUCGACAGGAGCAUCGACGCACCGUUCUCCAGCUUCCGACGACUACUCCUCGGCAUCUACGCGCCCAUUAUCCUCAUAUUCGUCGUGGCCAUGAUUUGCCUAGUCGCCCUCGCGCCCAUCGGGGACACCUACAACACCAUCAUGGGAGCUUGAACCUUAAAACUUUAUUCAUAAGAUUAGUUUUAAGUUGAAAAUGUAAAGCACACUUAGGUCUUUUCACAAUUCAGCUUAAAGUACACUUUCAAUUUUGAACCUACCUUGAAACUUGGUUUUAGGUUAAAAAUGAUAAACAGGUAGGUACUUAGAACUUUUCCAAAGUGAUAUCCGUUGAUUUUUAUGUUCCGCCGCUGAGUUCCAAUAUUUUUGAAUGUGGUUGUAGAUUUUGAAAUAUUAUUAAGAUAUGUAGUUACUUGCUCAGUAAUGAAUCCGUCCUUAAAUAAAAUUCAAUAUUAGAUAUAGGUAUAUUAUAAAACUUUGGAACAUUUAAAUCUAUAUAAAAUUUCCACAACUCUCUUGUUGGUUUAGUAAGAAAUUAUUUAAACUUUUUAUUUAUUUAAAUAUUCAACAAUGCAUUUCAUAGUUGUGAGAAUGUUUGACGAAGUUCAUUGAUAUAAUAUUGUAUUUUCAUCCCAAUUUGUAAUUAUAUAGUCAGUGAAGUAGUAUUUCUUAAAAUUAUGACUACUAGUGUUUACAUUUUUCACGAAAAUAUAAACAGUGUUUAAAAAUAAUGUUAAAUUUUUAUCGUUUUUAGAGCAGAUUUUACUCUUGAAUAUUAAUUUAUAUGGUGCAAUUUGAAUCUCUUAUAGUUGAAUAAGUAACGCAUAUAGUUAUAUUAAUUAAAUGUCACUUUCCUAAUAAAUCUCUUAUAUUAAAUGUGUAAUAUACAAACAACCACAGAUUAUUUUAGCAUUUAUAAACUUUAAUUUAUUUCUUUUACACUAAUUAUCUUCCUUAUAUUUAAUUAAGUACUCCAUAACCCUUCUUUCCUUUCUAAAAUCCCUUGUUCUUCUUAAAAUGUUAAUUUCCUCAACAUACAAGGUGGAUUUUUUUAUGAAAUUAUACAAAACUGACACUGCCAUUUUGCGUAAGUGACCAAUUUUUUUUAUUAGUCAUUUUCAUACAAGUUUUAUUCUCCAACACUAUACAAUAGAUUUUUGAUUGAUAUAUAUUGUAAAUAUUUGUUUAUAGAAAAUAAAACAAAAAGUAAAAUGCAUAAA